AUGGGAAACACAGAAAAGCUUCUGAAUCAAAUCAUGGAAUUGAAAUUCACCUCGAAAUCGCUUCAACGCCAAGCAAGAAAGUGCGAAAAGGAAGAGAAAUCAGAGAAACUCAAAGUAAAGAAAGCAAUCGAAAAAGGAAACAUGGACGGCGCACGGAUCUAUGCCGAAAACGCGAUCCGAAAACGAACGGAGCAGAUGAACUACCUCCGAUUAUCCUCCCGACUCGACGCCGUCAGCGCUCGUCUCGAUACGCAGGCGAAGAUGUCGACGAUCAGCAAAUCGAUGGGGAACAUCGUGAAAUCGUUGGAAUCUUCUCUCGCUACCGGAAAUUUACAGAAGAUGUCGGAGACGAUGGAUCAGUUCGAGAAACAGUUUGUGAACAUGGAGGUGCAGGCGGAGUUUAUGGAGAGUGCUAUGGCUGGAUCCACCUCGCUUUCCACGCCGGAAGGUGAGGUUAACAGUUUGAUGCAACAGGUUGCUGAUGAUUAUGGACUUGAGGUGUCGGUUGGGCUUCCUCAGCCUGCUGCUCAUGCUGUUCCGCUUAAGGAGAAGGAUGCUGAGAAGGUUGAUGAGGAUGAUUUGUCGAGGCGGCUCGCCGAGCUUAAAGCUAGAGGUUAA